AUGGAAUUAACACGAACAGAAUUCGAACAAAUGUUAGAAACGACAUGUCAGUCAGUAUUACAGUAUUUAUUUGACAGAAAAUCCAGUCUACAUCAAAGUAGAAUCACAUCUAAAGAACAACAAGGCAACAGUGAAUUAACAAUACCAAAGCAACCGACAAAUCAAUCUUUACAGGAAUUAUUAGACGGAAUAAUGGCUGCUGCUGAAUCCGGUACAAAUCCUCGUCAUCCCGGUUACAUGCAGUAUAUGCCAACCGGAGGUUUAUUACAUUCGGUGUUAUCUGAUAUUGUUAGUAAAUGUUUGAAUAAAUAUACAGGAUUUUAUUUCGCAGCACCUGGUCUAGUUGAUCUAGAAUGCAACGUCAUAAGAUGGCUGUGUGCAAUUUUUGGUAUGGAUUUGGAUUCCGGGGCGUUUGGAAUAUUAACAUCAGGUGGAACAGCGUCCAACUUAUCAGCUGUUUUGAUGGCUCGAAAUAAGCUUUUGCAACCAAA